UGCGGAAGUGGAAAAACGGAUCCCCGCCCGCUUCCGGGUUCCGCCUCGCGCACAUCCUGAUUUUCUGAUCGCUUGCACCCGGAGCUCACCGGCGCUUUAACCCGCUCGAGAUGGCUGCACGGUUACCGGCAUGCGUUGUGGAUUGUGGCACCGGGUACACUAAACUGGGCUAUGCAGGAAACACAGAGCCACAGUUCAUCGUUCCAUCAUGCAUAGCCAUCAAAGAAUCUGCAAAGGUGGGCGAUCAAGCCCAGAGGAGGAUGAUGAAGGGUGUGGAUGACCUUGACUUCUUCAUUGGGGACGAGGCCAUCGAUAAACCCAAUUAUGCCACCAAAUGGCCAAUAAGACAUGGAAUUGUUGAGGACUGGGAUCUGAUGGAGAGAUUUAUGGAGCAGGUGAUCUUUAAGUACUUGAGGGCUGAACCUGAGGAUCAUUACUUCCUACUGACUGAACCUCCUUUAAAUACCCCUGAGAACCGCGAGUACACUGCUGAGAUCAUGUUUGAGUCCUUCAAUGUGCCGGGCUUGUACAUCGCUGUGCAGGCCGUUUUAGCUUUGGCAGCGUCAUGGACAUCCCGUCAGGUGGGGGAGAGAACACUCACAGGAACUGUCAUCGACAGCGGAGACGGGGUUACACACGUCAUUCCAGUGGCAGAAGGUUACGUGAUUGGCAGCUGUAUUAAACACAUACCCAUUGCGGGGCGGGACAUCACAUAUUUCACACAGCAGUUACUGAGGGAGCGAGAGGUGGGCAUCCCGCCCGAACAAUCGCUGGAGACGGCUAAAGCUGUCAAGGAACGUUUCAGUUAUGUGUGUCCUGACCUGGUGAAGGAGUUUAAUAAAUAUGACACAGACGGAUCAAAGUGGAUCAAACAGUACACUGGUAUCAACGCUAUCAGCAAGAAAGAGUUCACCGUUGACGUGGGAUAUGAGCGCUUCCUGGGGCCAGAAAUCUUCUUCCAUCCUGAGUUUGCUAAUCCUGACUUCACUCAGCCCAUCUCAGAGGUGGUGGAUGAGGUCAUUCAGAACUGUCCAAUAGAUGUCCGUCGUCCCCUCUAUAAGAACAUCGUUUUGUCGGGCGGGUCCACCAUGUUUCGUGACUUUGGCCGUCGUUUGCAAAGAGACUUGAAAAGAACGGUGGAUGCUCGACUGAAACUCAGCGAAGAGCUCAGUGGAGGAAAACUCAAGCCUAAACCAAUCGACGUUCAGGUCAUAACACAUCACAUGCAGCGAUAUGCUGUGUGGUUUGGAGGUUCCAUGUUGGCGUCCACUCCGGAGUUCUACCAAGUGUGUCACACCAAAAAGGAUUACGAGGAGAUUGGGCCCAGCAUCUGCCGCCACAAUCCUGUGUUUGGCGUCAUGUCCUAAACACACACACACACACACACACACACACACGCAAUGGUCAGGUGCUGUUGCAACGAGUACUUUUUUUAAUGUUGGUCCCCUCAGAAAGCAAAAACAGCCAAUGACUGCUGGAAACAGACUAAUGUGUUUAGCAUUUUUGUUGAUUUGCCCCAAGUGUAAACACAGUAAACAGUCUCAUGUGAUAGUGUGAUGGGAUAUAACUGAUAAUAAGAUUGAUGAUAAAACUGGGUUAGGUUGAAUAUUGUUGUACUGUUAAGGAAAUCACAUGUUGAACUGUGUGUUUGGAUAAAUCUGGUCUCUCUUUUAAAGUUUCAUGGAAGCAAAAUGCCUUACAGAUUAAAACAAAGCAAUUUCUUUCUCGUCUUUGAUACUUUCUAAUCCUUUAAUGUUUAUAACUAAAAAAGUUCAAAACUUCCAUAUACUUGAUUUUCUUUCUUUGCUCAUGGUGUUUCGCCUGCUUUUACCUUCAUUAUUGGAAAUAAGAUAAACCUGACCGAAAGUUGAAUAAUGGCAGUAUUAACAGAAGCUAAAUUAAAGGUGGAUUGUUUGAAAAUAUAAAUGUAAAAGCAAGAACAUUCCAAUUAAAGCUUGUCCUUUCUAAUGAA